UAAUACUUCCGUAUUGUGAAACAACAUAAAGUUUCAAGUUGAAGCUUUCAGUCACUACUGGGGAAGGGUCUAUCUCAGGCAGCUGCUGUAGCUUUGGAAAACCCUAAAAUUUUUUGGACCUGGCAGAGGGACGGUGUGGACAGUCCAAAGAUCACCGGCGUGGGGCGUCCGGCGACAGUGGCGGCAGGAGAGGCGGUUGACCCACAGCUCCGGCUCGGAAAUCUUAAAAAAGAAGCCAUGGCGGGCUUUGCCCCCCAGAACUCCUGGCGCCAGCGUGUCUGCUCUGCCCGGCGGGUGAUCCUCGUCCUGAUGGGGCUGCUGGCCGUGGUGACCCUCUCCAUCACCGUCUUCGGCUUUGUGGGGUGCAAAUACUCCACCCCCUUGUGGAAGAUGCAGGAAGAUCUGAAGGCCAUCAACAGCACAAUUGCCGCGGAAUUAGACAUUCUGCAACAAAAUGAGACCAACAUUUUGAAAACUCUCCAAAAGAUCGACCAGAUGGUGAAAAACCUCACCGAAGAAACAAAGGAAGUGAACUCCCAGUUCGGGGACCAGAUCAAGAAACUUCAAGGGACUCUGGAGCAGCUGAAGUGCGACUUGGAGAACACAAAACACAAGGGGACAGGGUCGGAGAGGGGCUGCUGCCCCUGGGGCUGGUAUCUCUUUCAGCAGAGCUGCUACUGGCUGUCCUCUGCGCAGACGAGCUGGACCGAAGCCAAGCAGGAUUGCGAAGAGAAGGAAGCCCACCUGGUGGUCAUCACCAACCACCUAGAGAAGCAAUUUGUGUUCCGGCUCACCAAACAGGACAGCGUUUGGAUCGGGCUGAAGUUCGACGGCCGGACGUGGAAGUGGGUGGACGGGACACCCUACACCAUGAGCAGGGCCGACUGGUGGUCACACGGAUCAAUGCAUUAUGACCAAUACUGCACCAAGACCUACCGCGACGGGUUGUGGAACGAAGUCAAUUGUCCGUUCCACUUUAGGUGGAUGUGCGAAAUGCAGGCGCUGCAGUGAGUCCCAGGGGAGACGCCGCCAGCCGGACCCCCGUGAAGCAGCUGCCCCUCACUUCUUGGAGCCAAUAAAACGAAUCUGGGACAAAAAUCUACGCAGAAAUUGGCCUCUUCUCUGCAUCCUGGACGAGUGGAAGGGCGGGUAGCUCCCAUCGGUCAGUGUGAAGGCCUGAGCUGGGGUGUGUG